UUAAGGUGGUAGCGAGCUAUUUGUAGGCGGCUAUGGCCGCCAGUUGCAAUGGUGGGGACGUUACUACGGGCAAAAGUAGCAACUCAAGACGGUCUAAACCUAGUAAGAGAAUAACAGCAGCACGGUUUUUCUUGAAAAAUAUAUCCUUAGAUGGCAAAUCUAAGUUCAGGAUUCCUACAGGAUCGGAUAAAGGGGCCGAUUAUGACCGCAAUGUUGCUUUGUCUAGGCCCUGGCGAACUAUGCACCAAGACUCUUUUGAUGAGGAGCAGGACAAAGUGCUAAUAUCAGCUUUACCAACGUCAAAUAAAGGGCACUUGCAUCAUAGUACAUCAGUAGCAUCUACAAAUAUAUUCAAAGAGAAUACAUCGUUGCCUUCCGGAUCAGAACCCUGUAACAUUGUGAAAAGUAAAUCGUUUACCAGCGACACCACCUCGGUAACGUCGAAAGACAAGCAACAGAUUUUAAUCUCAAGGCAGAGCUCUAGUAUACGUGUGGUCGAUACAAACCAUUUUCUUACUAAAAUUGUUCGACAUAUGGGAGAUAAAAGAGCAGUACUUGUGAGUCAAAAUGGGUUGCCUUUUGGAUCAAUAUCAUUAGUUCCAUACAAAAGACAAGAUAAGAAUAGUCAGAUUGCAAAGGAAAACAGAAUCUCUGGAACUGCAAAUCAUGGAAUGGCAAGCUCAGUUGCAAUUGAGGGUGUAGAAGUCGGAGGUGCAAAAAAAUCAGUAUCAUACAACAACUUGCUGGUUCCAGUUUUAUUUCAAAAGAAAAGAUACACAGAACAUUUAGAUGGAACAGAUGAUGCAACCUUGCACCAAAGUAGAGGUUUAUGAACUUCACUAAAUUUUGUUUUUCCUUUCUAUAUAUUUGCAAUUGUAGAGCACCAUUGUUAAUGAUUAGAAUUUCAAGAUCUUACUGACAUCCAUUUUAAAAGGAACUUAGAAUGAAAUCAGAGCUUAAAGUUUUUAUUUAAUUCCUUCAAAAGUUCUUAUUAUUUUUAGAACUAAGUCUCUGUCUCAGGAAAAAGAUUUUGGGCUUUAGUUGCAUCAGCCCUGGUAUUGCCUGAGCAAUAACACAAUUUAUGGUCAUGUUUGAUUUAGGAUAAAAACUCAUUUUUUACCCUGCCACGAAACUUGACAAAAACUUUUAGCAUGAAAUCUCUUACUUGAUUUUAAUAUGAACAUUAAAUUCUUGUUACACUCUUUUUACAGAACACUGUUUUCUUGAGAUAUACACACAUAUGUAUAAUUUUUGUUCUGCAUUACUAACACACAAUACAUUAUCAGCAUUUGUUAUACCAAAUUACCGGGCAAAAUUUUCAACUACUAAUUUAAUUCAAGCAAAGUAAAAACAAAGUUUAUUUCUUUUUAACAUUAGCCAUUCCAUAUAUGUAAAACACUUAAAGACAGCCAAUCUUGUUACGUCAUUUGAAGGUGAACAUGCCUCAAACCCUGUGUGGAUGUGUCCAUUAGUAUUCGUAAUUUUCUUCUGGCAUUGGCGUACAUUUCUCAUUGCUUGCUUUAUAGAAUGUAAGCGUUUUGGUCUUACAUCUUUGCCUCAAGCACCAACCCUGAUUUAAAACAGUAAUUUUAACCAUUAAAAAAAUGAUAUAUUUACAUGCUGUAAGAACCACUAGCUUUGAUGAUAAAAAAGAGCAGCAAACAGAAACCCAGAGCAAGAUGUAGUUUGCUAGUGCUGAUAUGAAAUUUAAUCAAAGUUAAUAUAAAUUUUAAGAUCUACUAACCUUAACCUUGAAAACAAACUAUGAAUAUUGUGCUUGGUCAUAUUCUUCUUGAUCAUCUAAUGUAGUAUAAAGAAAAUUAUUGCUGUUCGAAUAGCUAUUAUCAAAAAUUGAGGACCAGGGAUGAGUUCUUUUUUAGUAUGGCAGUUUAUUUUAAGGACAAAAGUUUAAACAAAUCAAACAACUUAAAAUAUAACAUUCAGUGGCUUGAAACUUUGUCAACGCUUUGCAGGAAAUCUUGAAUUGUUUAUUUUGCUGCAAGGAAGAUAUUUUGCUGCCAGAAAAUAUUUUUUGAAGACCUAAGCUGCACAUUAAUCCUCUGUUAAAAGCAAAGAAGAAAAUAUAGCUAGCCAUUUGCUUCUUAUAAGUAACAUUCACACAAAUACAAUGUAUUUAUUGCUCUUAAGUUCUUGCAAACAUUGCAUUUGUCUUUCUUAAAAUAGCCAAAUCAUGGACGCUAAAACUUUUUUGAAAAACGUUGAUUUACAGCAAAAUGAAUCAGUAGCAAAUAUCAAAAAUUGUAACUGAUGUAAACUAUAUCUUUAAUAUUCAAAUGUUGUCAUCGGGUAGCACACUGUUGAUGGGUUAAAAGUCUCUUCGGUUGAAUAUCAAAUUUUAACACAGGUAUAUUUUAAGAGUUUGGAUAUAGGAUAUUUUGUAGAACAAAUUCAGUAGCUUGUAUAAUUGUAAUUCUAAAUGACAAGAACGAAAUCAUAAUUUCUUGAAAAAAUGAAACCUUCUAAUUUAUUUUAUCAUAUCUCGCGGCGAGCUUGGAGCCAACAAUACUGGACGAACAAUCCUUAAAUGCUUCACCCUUUUCGUCUUCCCCAUUCUCCUCUUCCCCCGGUAAAAUGUGAAAAUCUCUGCUAUUUACGAUAACGUAAGCUUGCACUGUAGAUGAUGGAAGGGGGGUUAAUGUUUGUCAGAGCAAAACUCGUGGAUCCAGAGUAAGAAAUUUUCACUACAUGAUAUUAAUUACUUACUUUUUUGAUGAUAUCCGUUUAGUUGAUUGUUGCAACGGAUUAAAGCUGAGCCUAACCCUAGUCAUGACACGAACCCUAUUCAGCCCUCAUCUUCACUUUCCAAUGCUCAUGAUUGAAAAAGCGGGAUUUUCUGUUAAUGUAUACUAUCAAGUCAAAUUUCAUACCCCAUAUCUUCUAGGUCUGCCGUUGAACUAUCCAUGCCUGUUACCCCAACAUGGGUUGGAAUAUUUUGCCUCUACAAAUUUUUCCAGAAUUGUGGCGUUGGACAGAAAUGAAGUAAUAAGGACCAGAGUAGGUGAUGCUUGGCAGUCUCAUUGCAAUGUGAGAUCUAGAAUACCAGAUUUAGAAACACAACUUACUCAACACGUAUGUAAAACAGAAACGUUAAAAACUUGUUUAUAGAUUGAAUAACUUGACAGAUAGCGAAUAGUAAUAGCCUGGAAACCACUUCAGACUCAAGACUCAUUAACCGGCCCAUUAUCGUGUCGUAAAAAAUAAUGGCAUUGAUAAAGUUGCUAUCACAUCUUACAGUAUAGGGAAGGUCUUGCUAUCAAAUCUCUACCAGACUAGGAAAGGUCAGGUCAAAAGUUAAAGAAAUGAGGUAAAGCACAGGUAAAGAAGAUACUACAUUCUACUCGAUGAGUUAACAUACUAAGUUCCUUUUUUUAAUUUUUUUUUUCAUUUGUUUUGGCGGUUUUCUGCUUAAUGUCAAUGUGAGUGAAAACCGAUAAGUAUUUCUAUUUCAAUGUAAACUCCUCAUUGCGACGGUUCCCUGUUGUUGUAUUAUGAGGUGACAGGCAAUUCUCUAGUCGUCGAUCCCUGGCUGCCUCUCGUUGUUGCUAAUCUGCUGAUGCUCCAGUUAUGUGUACCAUUAAUUGGACCUCCUUGGCGAGAUCCAAGGUUAACAUUCAAUGAUCCAUGCUCUCUAAGCGUAGACAUAGCGUCUCGUAUUGUUCUUCCAAAUGAAAAAUGACCUCUUCUACUUCCAUGCCUCGUAGCCACGUCACUAUCUCGAUCUCGACGAUAAACAAUCAGUAUGCAAUUGUCAGACAAUUUAUAUACGGCAUAGAACCCCAAUGCGAGGCAGCCUACCGCCACAGUGAGUUCUACAAACAUAUCUUCAUUGCAGGUAUCUGUUGACACAACUCCGUUUCUAUUGCAUAUCUAGUGAGCCACUGACUUACGUUGCACAGAUAAGUGAACGAUAUAUGCAGGCCGUGUCAAUGAAAGAAUGAAGUUUUAUCACGUAAACGACAACCAAUGAUGAUUCAUUUGCUUCAAUGCAUUCUUACUAUUACUGAUUCUAGCCCCUUCUUAGAAUAUUGUGGCCAGCUUUCACAUACUUUCGAAGUAGCUCCGUAGUUCCUUUCUACAACGUUCUCUUAACAGUAAGAUUGAGUAUUAUCUCGCUACCGGCAGCUUUGCUAUUAUUCCAUUGAUGGUGGCUGCAUACAUUCUAAUUACCAGCUCUGUUACGAGCGCCUUGUCUAGAAUUGUCAAUUGCAUUUUGUGAAAGAGAGGCUAAACUGAUGAAUAAAUUAUGCUUCUUUCAUUAACACAAUACUUUAGACCUCAUUGUAGACAUUCUUGCUGUCCAUGUUUAUAAAGGAGAGUUGGCAAAAAACCUCACCUCCUAGUUUCUGAAAUGCCAAGGUCAAGCAAAUCAUAGCAGUGACAAUGGUUCGCAGUGACGUCACGGAGACAAGCGGACACCAGAGAGCCGGUACAAGUGGCAGGAAGGCCUGAAGCCUCCCUAUCGUCAGCACUUCAUAGAACUUUAAUCAACUUUUUGCCCUUCGAUUUGAUGAAUUGAAAGCUAAAAGCUAUCAGGUUUUAUUUUGCUCUACAAACUACUGAUAAAGCAGCAAAAAUACUUUCAAACCAAUGAUUAAAGGAUACAGUCAAAAGGCUGGCAAUUAGAUCAUUUAAUGAUUCAGAUUUUCUUGAUUUCUUUCUCUUAAUUAUUCCCGUAUAAGCAAAAAUCUGAUUAAGCAAACUUUGAAAAUUUGAACUUAUGUUCCAUAUGGUCAGCCUCGUCGAAGGCUUGAAUUUUCGACCUUUGCAUAUACCAAGCAUGUAUCUCUGCCCUUAACAUUAUGCUUAUAUUGACGAAAAACGCAAGAUACAUGCAGCGAUUACGAUUUCUGCGGGUUCCACGCAGAAAGUAUGAAAGCAGGAAAUGAAUUAAAUGAUAUAGCCGAAUAAUCGAUAAAGGCAGGUUAUACUGGUUCAUCCAGAUGUAGUUUGUGCUAUAAAUUUAUUGCAGGUAAAUGCGGAUGAUCAAUGGAAGCAAGUCAACAUUUCUGCGUCUAUUAUUUAAGUGGCAUUUGCUCAGUGUUGCUCUCUAUAAUAAGGGCGCCAUUAUCAAAAUGGGCUUCAGUUUUAAGCACAUAGAAGACGUAUCAACUUGUGUUCUUUCACGAGAGUUUCAAAGAGUUUCGACGAAUCCUUUAACAUGACUAACAAAAAAGAACUGGAAGAGGCUGGGAUUCAAAUUAUCACAGGAUCUAGGAUCAGAAGUGACAGCAAUGGCCAAUCUGGCGAUUUGAGCUCACCAAGGUCAAGCAAGAAUAAGAGCAUGAUUAGAAAAAUCAGCAAUCUUGGUGCUUGGCGUUAUGGUAAAUAUGUCUCGAGGAUGAGCCAAAAGCAGUCUUUCAUUUAACAUCAAUUUGCAUGUUCCUACAUCCUAUAUCCAAAGUUAUAUCCACAGAGUGUAAAGAUAGACUUGAUAUAGUUUACAUUGUCUCAGGGUCUUGAGAUGACAUUAAAGUUGAAUUGGUAGACGCUGAUGACCUUUGUCGAUUCCAGGUGUAGCCGAAUGUGGUGGACCAUGCACGUCAUUCUUGUGGGGAAUACCGUUUGAUGGUUAAUACUGCUCCGUUUUAUCUAUUGAUUACUUCACUUCUUUGUACUUUUGGUCUUUAAGACAACUUAUUCGUCCUGUCAGCGUUCUGUGUCAUUAGUUAACUAUUCAUUUUCAUUAUCGUUUGUCAUUUUGAUACCAUCUAUAGGAACAUUUGGCAUUUUCCUUUUCUGUCACUCCAUUUUAACCAAGCCGUAUUAUAGUUGUAUCCCUUCACCUUCCCCUUGCCCCCUAGCCCCCUCGCCCCCAUUGUUCAAUCUUAUGGAAGCAUGUCAGGCCUUUGUAUAGAUCAACAAGCUUUUACCAUUACAAUAAGCAGGACCUACUUCAGCAGGUUCUAAAAAAAUCUUCAUAAAGUAACGUUCUUUGCCGUUGUACCGAGUCUACUUAUUAUCGUCAACAACUAUCUGCAUUAUUUUGAAAAAUAUGGUAUUGAGUGCACUGACUCCAUUACCAAAACUCUAAAGUAUGCUUUUUUGUAGAAUAAGCGACUGAAUAACUCCUUUUCAUCCUCUUUGACUAUUUGGUUAUUUCAAAUAUCUAUAGCGCUACUAUUUAUAUUUUUUUCUUCAAUCUUUGCCUAAGUGCCAAUAUCCUUCCUCAAUUAAAUAUUUCUGAGAAAGAGAUGAACCUGAACCAUUUUGUUGGUUUUUACCGAGUUCGAAGCAAAGUUUACCGGUUCGAAGCAAAAAUCUUCUGAUCAGAGUUUACCCUCUUAAUUCUUGUUAACUUUAAAUCGAAACUUCUUGCUUUUAUCAAGCCUUAAAAACUGUUAUGUAAAAUAGCAGAUCUUAAUUGUUUAAGCCUAGUGCUUAUUUCUAGAACAAAAGAGAAAUUUUCGACAGUUGGGAGUGAUAAAUCUAGAAAUGUCUCUUAAAAGAGACAUUUGCUUCGCAGAUAAGCAAAUUAAUUACUUUCCAAGCAGAAAGACAAGGAAGCAGUAAUUUCCACCAAUUUCAGAGCUAAUAAUUCAGCUGAUCUAAACUAAAUAGCAUACAAUUUUCUUAUAAAUUUUGCAACACCUGAGGAAGAUUACUUAAUUUGUCAAUAAGAUCAAUAAAGCAGUCGUUCUUAUCAAAUAUUUGCAUUAGAAUUAGAUUAGAGUUUUUCAAUGAAUCAUGUAAAAUGUGAAAAUAACUAGAAGUUAUAAAAUUUGUGAUUAUCCCCGAUACUACGUCUUUAUAUAAAUGUAGAAGUAAAUGGACUUUCAUUAGAGUUCGCUGAGGUAAGAAUUUUCGUAUUAUGUUUAAAAUAGAAGAUAAUUUACUAAUAAACAUUGUUUAACUUACAGAACGAUGAAUUUUUGCUUUAAAAUUUUAGGUUGGUAAAACGCUUUUGCGUAUUUAAUUUUAUAUUUAUCAUUAAGUUCAAUUGGCCUUGUGUAUUCUCGACUAAGUGCGAUCCUGUGCUUGUGCCUUUGAUCAAAUUCAAGGUGCCGGAUCAAAAUCAUGUUACAGCUGCCUAGACAUUUCAAGCUCUGUUUUCAACAGCAUCUUCUGGAACAGUCCCUGUUUUCCACGAUCCAACGCCAGAUUUGCCUAUCUUUUCAAAACUACGCUCCAAUGCACCGCUUGCAAAACUGCACAUACCACAACAGUUGCAAGAUGAGCCUGGUUCUUGUUCCAAACUUUGCUGGCCAUUAUAUUCACCUUUAAUUAAAGGCAAAUCAACUGACGUCUCACUGUCAACCAUCUUUGGAACUGAUUUCGUUUUCAUUCCAAGCUUGCAAAUGCUCGGGCUGAGGGUUACUGCUGGAUCGGUGUCCAUUUUGUCAAUGCACAGUCGAUCCGAUCUUUCUUGACACGAUUUCACCAAAUUUAUAGCUAAAUCUAAUGCAUUAAACUAUCCCACACGAGUA